CCGUGCCGACGCAGCGCCCGCCUCGUCCUUCGCGGCCGCCUCGAAAGCCCCCGGCCUGUCCCCGGGACGAUGGCACUCCGGCUCCGCAGGGGCUCGGGUCAGCCAGGCCGCCCGAGCAGCAGCUCCAGUCGUCUCUGGAAAAGCUGCCAAGGAUGGGUGCUUACUGAUAUGGGAGGUUUCAACCCGUAAAUGUGGGCUGUAUUUUCUCAGGCGAUGCUGAGUGAGGAAGGGAAGUGGGGGUAACAUAUCUGGAAGCAUAUAAAAGUCCAGGACAAGUUCUUUCUUGUAACUUUAUUCUUGCUUUGUAUCAUUUACUGCUUUUUCAGUACUGCUUUUGUUUUCUUCCAAAGGGUUGAAUAAUCCUGCUUGGUUUGUGGCUUCCUAUCAACUUUGCUUGUGAUCAGUGUUUUUUGUUGGUUAAAACUUCAUUCUCCUUCCCUUCUGGAACUGUUUCCCUCUCUCUGUCUAUACCCUUGCUGCAAUUACCGUGUUUACAACCCCAGAUAUUUUUCUUGUGGUAGUGUUUUGCCUUCUUAUACAAGUGAUGUUCUAAGUAGAUCACUUGAGACAAGACCUAUGAUGUGGAAAAGUAUGGCACUAAUUUUUGGGUUUUGUUUAGUGAUUAAAUUGUAUAGGUUUCCUGAAGUAAUUAGUCUGGAUUGCUGCAGCAGAGUGGUUCAAGAAAAUUUAUUUGCACUGCUAAAACUUGCAUAUGAAUUAUUUUUCCUUGAGGGGACUGCAUCAGAAAGAAGCAGUUAGAUGUUGGACUGCCAUCUGUCUAAUUCAGUUACAUUUGAAACACUUCUUUGUUUUCAACACAAGUGGAAAGACGGAAGAAAACAUAGCAGAAGGGGCAAUAUCUGUUCAAAACGUUCUUCCUGUUGAAAGUCAGCAGAAAACUUGAAUGCUGUUCUGCCCAUUUUCAAAUCUAGCUCUUUUAUGUACUGCUGCUUGCUCAUAGUGCUUAAGAACCAGCAUUGGUUAGGGUUUGGUGGUGGAGAAAGGUCUUAGAGGUGUAUCUGUGCUUAAGUGGUGUAUUGAAGCUUGACUUGGCACAGGCAAAGUUACCACAAACGGUUGGUCAGUGACAACAAAGUACAGUGCAAAUUUACUGUUCUCUACCACCAUGAUAAAAAUUUAGCAUAAAUCCUUGAUCAGUUGUGGCAAACUACUUCUAGUAGCUCAGAUUGUCCUGAAAGCAAUUUCUUUCUUUUUACAUGUUGUCUUAAGCGUUGGUCAAGUCUACGUUCCAGUUUUGCUUUUGCAUUUGCUGAAUUUGUUUAGGUUCUUGGUGCAAGCUGGGGAGACUAUAUGUGUGCCUGAAGCUGGUCAUCAGGGUGAGCAGCAAAUGACUCCUGACUCCUUUUAGUAAAUUGGAAAAAAAAUGCAGUCUCAUUCAACUCACAGUUUUGGAAGGUGUUUGUCAUCUGUCAUAAGAAAAAAAAAAUAGGGCUUCUUCUCAUCUGCUUUCUGCUCUUUUAAUUUCUGGUCAUCUGCAGGGACUUCUAAAACUAGAAGCAGGAUCCUUCUAGUUUGUUUAGGAGCUAUACUUCUUUUUUUUAUUUGGCUUUAGAGCAUAGGGUGAAGGGUGCCAGAAGGAGACGGAGGCAAGAGACCUGUGUCAAGUAUCGAAGAUGUGAACAUGAAGUUUAUUUAAACAGUAAAAAACCAAUGUUUUCUGUUCUCAGUUCAUACUCUGAGCAUUCUGUUAGCGGAGUGAAAAAUAAGCGCAAAGCUUACACUAAGGCUCCUACAGUGACCCCUUUUGAGUGACGUCUGCUGAUAUAUGUAAAUGCAAUAGUUUUCACUAAGAAAAAGGAGACACUGUCAAUUCAUUGCUUUGUAUUUAAUCCCAUUUAGAGACAAAUGUCAGCUGGAAAUCAAUCAGGAUCCUUUUUUGAAUUCUUUAAUCAACUCCUAUCUAAUCUCUUGGGUAGAAAAGUGUCUUCUGCACAGUUUGUCAUCUCACUAUUCACAGCCUUUUCCAGAUGUUUCAUGAAGAUGAGCAGCACAGAUCUCAGCACUGAUUCCUGUGGGAUUCCACUGGUGAAGUGGAUGAUGUACUGGAUUGUGUUUGCCUUUUUCACCACUGCAGAAACUCUCACAGACAUUGUGCUUUCUUGGGCUGAGAGAUGCCCUGUUUAUGGAGUUUUCAUGGCUAUGGAUGAAAGACUAAAUGAUACUCGAAGAAGGUUUCCCUUUUAUUUCGAGCUGAAAAUUGCAUUUGUGAUUUGGCUGCUCUCCCCUUACACCAAGGGCUCCAGUGUCCUCUACAGGAAGUUUGUGCACCCAACGCUCUCCAAUAAGGAGAAGGAAAUUGAUGAAUACAUUACUCAGGCUUGUGACAAGAGCUACGAAACGAUGAUGCGAGUUGGCAAGAGAGGGUUAAACCUUGCUGCCAAUGCAGCAGUUACUGCAGCUGCCAAGGGCCAGGGAGUUUUGUCUGAGAAGCUUCGAAGUUUCAGCAUGCAGGAUCUGACUCUGAUCCGAGAUGAAGAUACUGUGCAUAUGCAAAGCCGUGAUCCACAGCUGCACGCCUCCGGUGCGAGUCUUCUGGAAACUAUUGAAGACUCAGCUUCCUGUUACUCCUCAGGAGAGGAGAGCAGUGUGGCACAUCGGUCUAAUGGAACCCCGUCAGAUACUAGAACCGACCCAUCAGAUGAAGAUGCAGGAGACAAACUUCCUAAACGCACCCAGAGUCUCAAAACUCCUAAAAAGGUGAUGAAAGCUGAACUUCCAGUGAGAAGUGUAAAAGCCCGCCCUAAGAAGAAAGCUGCCGGCUCUCUUGCUUCUGGCGAGUCAUCCUAAGGCGACCUGCCCCCCUCAGCACCUGUCUCUGUCCUGGGAUUUGCCUUUCGCUUUUAUGGGGAAACUCUCCAAAGGAAGGGAGCUGAGAUUCUUGUACAUAACCGAUACUGCUUUACAGAGCUCAUUCCAAGGCAAGGGGGAGGCUGGGAUUCAGAAAGCAGAGUAGAGGAUACAAAUCCUCAGGAAUUUUCUCCUUUUCAUCUCUCUGUUGGAGGGAAUGCUGAUAUGUCUGUACAUAGCCAGAUGCUUUGGAAUUCCCACUGUAUAACUCUAGUUGAGAAUCUUUGCUGGGAAAACUGACUAGGGUUAGAGACAUCCAUUGCACAGAAGCUGGAAAUAUACUAGACACUGGAGUUCCAUAGGGUGGGUGGCUCUCUAAAAUGAAUUACCUUGCUCUGGGUAUUCUCCUGCAGCUGUGUGUUGUCAAAAAGUGCCCACCAUGAGUCAUAUUCCUUAAUAAUGGACCAUACCUGGUAUGUCCAUCACCUUUGAGAAAGUGACUGAAGUGAUGUAUGCUGAGUGCUUUUGAACAUAAAGGACUGGCUCAUGGGAGGUAUAUGCUAGAUUCCUACUACUCAUACUGGAAGAUGAAGAGAUUGGGUUUCUUUUUAUUUUUUCUGGAAGGUGAUAAUUUUUUCUGGAAGGGAGAUGAUUGGAAAAGGUGAUAAAGGAAAUGUGCUAUUACAUGCACAUUUUAUGGUGGAGUAGGUAGGAGUUACUGUUGAGAAGGAAAGUUUGGCAUCUAAGCUUUUGACUCUUUUUGAAACUGCUUGAAUUUUAUUUCAGGUUCUAAUGCUCACUUUGACUCCUCUCAGAGCAUCAGAAUGACGCAAGUCUCAUGCAGUUCCAUGGCAAGCAUACUGGCUUUGCCAUUGUGUUGCUUGUUACUUCAGACGAAUUCUUUUAUUCUAGCAGAUGUCUGGGGAAAAUCUGUCUCAAAAUAGUCUGCAGACAUACUUGAGAAUUUCAGAAGCCCUCACCUCUCAGCUUUAGGAGAGUCAAUCCUCAGGACAUAAGAACUGAAACAGUUGAUUUAUUAACAGUUGAGCUCCUCUAACUUCUGGAUUUUGUUUAUGGGGGAUAAAAAGCGGGAACUAGGGCACAAUACUGGAGAAUACCGAUUAAUCUGUCCUCUUGCUAUAUCCUGCUGCAGCCCUUGCACAGAUUUUCUGUCUGACAUGUGCCAUGCUUAUCAGUAUCCUGAGUCUCGAGCAAUACUUAACGCUUGGGACAGAAAACUACAAGGAAUGUAGAAUAUGUAUUGUGGGAGGGAAAUUGUAGUGCUGGAGAGAAAAUUUGCAUAAUGACUAGCCAUACUAGACUCUUGAACAUUGUUAAGGGGAGAACCCCUGUACACAUGCCAGCUGAGCCUAUGAAAAUUUAAGAGUAGGGUUCUUGUUAUCAAGAUCUAUAAAGAAGGUGCACCAUUAUAGACAUGGAUGUCUGAAUGAAUACUUGAUGGUCUGAAUUUUCACUGAAAUUAGUUAUCAAAGGAACCUGGCUCCUACAUGCAAGUGGUUGUAUCCCAUACUUUUGGGAUGCAAAUGUGACUUGCUGUCACAUUUUUGAAAUUACAAUGAAUUCUUCACAGAGCCCAGUAUUUUGCUGUUGACAAGGUAUAGAAGUACUUCUGCAGCUAAUGCUCCACAAGUAUUUAUGUCCUAGGGAAUAGCCUUUCAAAAGUUUGUAAGGUUAAAGAUUAGGACUGAAUUUUUGUUUUGUUUUCCAUUAUCUUGGUGGCAAAUUGUUUGCUGUUGAAUUCACCAGUUAUUUCAGGAAGCCAGUUAAGUUUGGUUUACUAUUUUUUGUAGCUUUAAAAAAUUUAAACUUUAUGGUCAUGUUAGAAACUUGCGUCUUGUCAGAAAUAUUUGUCCUAAAUUAUCCACAAGGCCUUAUCCAGAAUCCGGUAGAAAAUCCUUGAUUUGGUUCUGCAUUUCAUAAAAAAAUCCCAAUUGUUUUGUUCUUUUUUAGUUUAUUAGCAAACUUCAUAUUCAUGUCUUACUAGCACAUGCAAAUGCAUGUCCUGAAGCAGGAAUACUUGCUGUUUCCAAAGGAAAUUCCUCUCUCCAGACAACACAUAAAAAUCUUUCAUGGUUAUGUGGAAGAUCCAGUUGUGAGGAAUUGCUAUCCUAGACUUUACUGUACUGAGCAAGAGAGAACCAUUGUUCUCUGUAUAUCAAGUAUGUCUAUGACCACGUUUCUUGAUUUUUUUGUUUCCAAAAUUGUGCAUAGCAAAUUAUUUAUGUAAAUCAUUGUGGGGGACUUGAUUUGGAAGCCAAGUCUCCCCUUGGGCUGUUCUUCUUGCCCUUUCCUUGUGCAUGCACUGUGAUAGUCUUUGAUUACUGGGUUUCCACAGAGCAACUUUCCAGAAUCUUUUCUAGAAUUCAUUUAUUUGUAAUGGCUUUUCUGCUUUGAAGCACAGGACGAAUUUCUGAAGAUUCAGUUCUGGUAUUUGGAUUUAUCUUUCUCUUCCUGAGCUGGGGCCUGUGCUAAGCAGCUUUUACUUAGCAUUGAUGCUUGAUGUGGUUAGCUUGUGGGUAAAUACAGGUCAGUUUUACUCUUGAGUUUUCUUUAUACAGGGGAAUUGGCUUUUGGUUGUAAGAGGGAGUCUACAGUACAGUCAGGGACUAUCUGGUGUGUGAUAUGAAGCUGAUGAUGUCAAGCAGCAGAACUUACCCAGAGCAAGACCAAUGUCUUUAGCAUGGAUACUGUUUUCUUCUUCUAGUACACAUGUGACUGCUAGAUUGUGCUUUGCUUGAUCAAAGCCACUGCAGAUCUACCGCCACCCAUGUGACCUCUUAGUGAGUUUCUAGAUAUAGUUCUGCAUUGGAUGCACUGUCUUGCAUAGAAAUUCUCUUGUUAAUGAGAACGCUGAAUGUGCUGUUUUGAUAAAAGCAUUUUAUCAGCUGCUGUUCAGUGUUUUCAGCAGGAAAUGCUGGAAUGUAGUUUCUCUUCAGUAUCAUCUGUGGACUUCAUCAUGCAAUUAAGCAAAUGGUUAAAUCUUCACCUAGCAGUAGAACCCUGUUGUGUUUGGUAAACGUUUAGAGCCUUUUCCUAAUCUGUCUGGCCAUAGAGAGAAAUGCAGUAACAGAAAAUGAUACUUGAAGGUGGGGGCUGAAGAGGGUGGUAUGUGUGUGUCAAACGUUGUGUGCCUAAAGGUUAUCCUAAAAUACUUGUACCAUGACACACAAAGUUGAAGCCAUGACUGCUUUUUGAAAAGAAAUGUUUUACUUUCAUGCUUUGUAGUAGUACGAGUCAGUGUUCUGCUGUUGGAAAAGAAAAUACUGAAAUGUGGUUUCCUGGGUGAGAAACUUAAUGAUUUGUUGCAUAAAAGGGAAAAUGUUUUCUUGUUUGGCAGUAAUCCUCUAUGGUGGGUAAGAAAUAUGAAAAUACAGGGGAGACAACUGCCAGGUUUUAAACCUUUACACUUUACCUAAACAUCAUUGUUACCUACUUUUUAAAAAUUGAGUUUGUGAUUCUCCAGCUUUACAUUUCUGGGACUGAUUUCCUUUAGACUAGAAUUAUUUCCUUGGUAGGUAGAGUGUAUAUAUAGAGACGGGUGCUGGUGUUCUUAAAAUUGCGAAGCUUUUUCUGGGGAAGUUUCACCCUCCCUCAUUUUAGUGAAUUGAUUUCCAUUCAUUGUGCUUUUGCAGUGCUGGGCUUUUUUUUAUACAUCGCUCUUGGAAGUAUGACUCCCUCACAGUAUACUUCCUUGGAAAGCAAGAGAACCACAGCUUUCCAGAAAUAGUUAUUUAUUCUGUGCCAUCGUAAUCAGCAGGAAAUUUAGUGCCUUAGGAGAAAAGUAAGAUAUCUAUGGAGAACUGUGCUGGUUCUCUGAUCUACACAGAGCAUUGUAUUAAGGAGGCUCACAAGUUAACUGUGAAGUGUCAUUGUGUGUUUGAGAGCAGCUGUUGAAUUAAGUUGUUUCCUUUCUGUCUUCCUAAGUUGCAUAUAGUGCUGGAAAGUGUGGAUUGCUCCCUAAGAGAGAAAUCUGGGGGAAAAAGUUGUAUUCUAAUGGGGACACUGUGUUGUCCACAUUACUGCUUGCUGUGCAGAUGCUGAAUGACAUCUCUAUGUAACUGGUCUGUAGUACAGCUUUUCUUGCUUAAGCCACUAGGAAUUUGUAAUGUGGUGUCUGGCUGAAGCAUCAUGUGGUGCUGCUUUGUGAGUUGUCUUGCAAAGUCAGAGAUGUGAAAAACCAGGAAAGCACUGCAAAGUUACAUGAGCUUGUAGAACUAUAGAGGUAUCAGAGUUGGAAGGGGCCUCUGGGGGUCAUCUGGUUCAACCUCGCAACUCAGUCAGAGCCACCCACUUCCAGUUCUUGUGUGCUGUUUCUGGUCUGGAAUCUGCUGAGUUUAAUGUUUAAGAGCUGAUAAUAUGUGCAGAAAUGCAUAUGCUGUAUGGGAAUGUGUUUUAGUGUUACUGAGGAGAAAUGUUUCCUGGUCACUUUUCAUCUGGAAUUUGGCUCUGUUGUAAGACACUAUAAACAUAACUCAUUCUUUUGUUCUUUAUAGCUAUUGUUAAGAAGCCUAGAGGCCUCAAAAAAGAUCUUGAGGUAUGCAGAGUAAAUUGUGAAAACAGUUGGUUUUAACAGUAAAAGGAGACAAUAAUUGCAUAGCGGCUAAGAACCUUUCCUGUGAGAUAGAUAGAUAGAUAGAUAGAUAGCAUUAGAGUAGAAAAUGAGCUGUGUAUGUUACAGAGUUGUCCAGUAAAUACCGCUAACUUUCUGAGCCUCAAGCAACACUUAAAACCAUGCAUUCUACAGAUGAGAGCUUGAUUUCUUUUUUGAGCCUGAUUUCUCGCUUGGAGUCAGUCUCUGUCUGUCUCCCUCCCUCCUUUCCCCUUUGCUUCCCCCCGCCUCCCCAUCCCUUUCAAACUGGGCUUGAGCUACAUACAUUUAGAUUCUUCAAACUUUCAUCCCUUCAGAGCAAUAAAGUUUUACCGCAGCAGGCAACUGAUCUGCAGGGAGGACCAGAUAAGUAUCAAGUAUCUCUUGUCGCUUUUGUAGAUGUGUUACACUGGAGAAACACUAGUAGGAAGAUUCAGAGGAUGUGUUUGCCUGGGAAAUUCUACCCUCUGUCCCCUGCCAAAGCCUGCAUUUUUGGGUGAACCAAAUGCUGGACUUAGCUAUGGUCAUACACACAGUUAUCUUUAGAAUCCCACAAUUCAAUGUCAGAAUUUCCAGUGCCCUAUUUCUGAUGAUAACAGGAAUUAAAAUAAUACGAAGAGAAAAGAAACAGUGGCAAAUUGGUGGGUCUUUGGGUUUUUUGCAACUUUGCAGGUAAAUUUAGGUCAUUGCUAUUCAUAUGCCUAAAAUCUUUGCCUAAAGCCCCUUGCAAGCUAUCUCUUACUUUCUUGCUCUCUUUCAGAGCUCCUAUUCUUCUGUGAACUGGUUAUGUUUUUUAUGUUUACUCUUAGUAAGCAAGGGCUGACUUCCAUUUUACUGACUGUGGAGACUUGAAAUAUACUGUACUAGCGCUGUAAUUUAGCCUUUUUUUGUUAUUUAAACCUAUGACCUAGAUUGAUACAUGUUACUGGUACAACAAGGCCUAAGGCUAGAUUCCCAGGUGGAAUGUAAGCAUCUAUUGCAAAUAGCAUAGUUUGACAAAUUUCCCCUUUUUUGCAGUGGAUUCUGGCUGAAAUGUGCUUACUGCAGACCCUUUGGACAAGAGCAUUAUGUCAGCGUUUAACCAGAUAAUGUUAGAAAUAACAUUUAUGGGAAUAAUGCAAAAAUAAGUAACACUAAAGGAGCAAAAGCUCAGGUCUUUUGUAAUAUAUAACUGUCUGAGACUAUGUAAAACACUAAAGCAUUUCUGGCAGCAGUGGGAAUUCAUUGCUAUACUGACUUAGAAAGGUAGGGCAUUCAGUCAUGGUCUUUUUAGCAGGUUUGGGAGGAAAGUUAGUCUGGAUGGCAAGCAUAUGAAGUUUUACAUACCAAGGAACUAAGUUUUUAUCACAAGUAAUGCUUAGUAAGUUAUCAAAAAGAAGUCAAAAAAUUUGACUAAAAUUAUAAAAUGAAGAGAAAAUUUCCUGAUUGUCAAACCUAGUAUAGAAUAUAAACUUUCUGUGUUUGUGUUGCUGCCUUAUUUGGAAAAACACUGCAUUAAUAAACUCAUAAUUUCUGACUCCUCUCUUAGAUUAUUUCUGAAAUGAAUCUCAAAUUAGAGAUGCUUGGGUUUGACUCAGCAUUUUACCAUCCAAGUCCCCAUUAGCACAGUGCUGAUCUAAAGGCAGUAUGGCACUAGAAGGGUUGUGAAUUACUUUUUGUCCACUAGAGGGUAUAGCAUAACAUAAAACCACUGAACAUGAGAGAGCAGAGACACGUCUCAUAACAGUUAGUUCAGUUAUGUCAGUUGAACAGCAAUAUUUCCUAAGUAUGAGUGAAGGUCCUCCUUGGGGGUGAAGAGGAAAACAAACUGGGGCUCUAAUGGAAAAAUAUGAAAUAAUACUGCUAUUAACCUCUGACUGAAAAGGCUAUUCUGGGCAUUCUAAUUGAGCCACUAUCCUGUGAGGCUUGCUGAGCCAAUAGCAUUACAGAAUUACUGUCCUCACUUUUUGAUUUUUAUUGUAUAUUCAAACCACUUUUUAGCUGUAGGAAGCAGCUCUGAAAAUGGCAAUGUUUGUGAUUCCCCUCCUCCCUGCAGCCCUCUUUCCCCCUGCCACCUUUUGCAAUUAACCAAUUGCUGUGUGUUGCUCUACUUUAUACUCUGAAUGUUAGUAGUAUUUCCUGGUGAGGAUGAAUAUUUUCUUUCAGUUGUGUCUGUUUUCUCUGAAAAGAGAAGCAAUUUUAAUCUAAAAAUAUAGAUGUAUCUAAUGUUACUAUGGUAAUUUGUGACCAUGGCAACAGAGAGUUAACAUUCUGAAGAACAGACACAGAUUUGGUUGGUUUGUUUUUUGGUUGGUUUUUUUUUUUUAAGUCAAUUAAUGGUGCUUGUGUUUCACAAAAUGACCUUGACUUUUCAUAUUUGUUAAUCAUACAGGAUAAUAUGGGUCCAUGGGAUUUUGACAUUCUUACAUGGAAAAGCUGAUGUUAGAACAUAAUGUAACGGUAUGAGAUUCUUUCCAAUGUUGAGAAAUUCUUUUAUUUGCAACAGCAUAGAUGGAGACUUGCAGACUGAAGGAGGAUCCAGGACAUACUAGGAAUUUUCUGUAGGAAAGAGAAACAGAAUAUAGAAUAGUCCUGGGCAUUCUUCAAUGUCAGAUUUCGGUGGGGAAAAAACAAGAAGUAUAAAAUAUAUUCAAUAUGUUUCUAUUUCCCCGUCAUAUGAUCAGCCUUAGGUAAACCAACACAGUGCUUUUGGGCAGGUGCUAAAUUUCAAGUACAAGUUGUGGGUUUCCCUGACAUGGCCCAUCCCAAGAGCAUGUAGGGCAUUCUACAAAACAUUUAGCAAUGAUUUAAAGAGUUAUGAGAAAUUAACUUAUUAUUUUUUGAGGGAGGUAGGUAUGGGCUUUUGUGGCUAAGUGUUGUAUGUAGUGUAUUUAUCUCUGCCUGUACAGAGCUAACAUAAAGGCUCUCUACUGUCAACACUCAAUGUUGGUUUUAUAGGAAGUAUGCUGAUGUAAGUUUAGCCAAAACUAAAGCACAUAUUUUUUUUCCAAGCUUUUACUUUUUCCUAGGUUCUUUUGGGGAAUCUGGCAACUGAAUGGAAAUGAUAACAUUGCUGCUAUCGCUUGCUUAUUUUAAGGCGAUGAAUAAAUUGAAUUAAAUAGAAUUAAGCAGCACUUAAUAGUUUAAUUUUUGUAAAAGCCAGCUGUUGUGACCUGGAACCAUUGUAGCGCAGGAAGGCUUUUACCCCCAAAAAGGGAAAGCAGAGAAAAGGCCAACGCAAACUGAAAAUAGUGCAGUCUCCUAUCUCUGAUACUGCUCAGUUUAUUUGAUGAUCAGAGGGUAGUUUGGAAUUAAGCACACAUUGGAAAACGCCUCAUUAUGACACUGUCACCUUUUUACCCAUGUGCUGAAGCGCAGUGGUGUUAAAUGGCUGGGUUAAUGGAGUUUUCCUAAGAGGAGGAGUUGUUGGAAUUCUGUCACUAAUUUUUGCAGUCAAUAAGUUUGGUCACUUGCUGCAGUUUAAUGACUUACAUGUACAAAACCUAAGUCUUGUGUUGUGCUUUCUUUAAUACCCAGACUCUUCUUAGGUAUCUUUUAACAGUCUCUUUUUUGAAGUGUCUAUUUUAAAGGGCCCAUUGCUUAUCUUCCAUUUCUAUCCAGAGUAUAAUACAAAAAGUUUAAUCAAUGCAGAUGUACUCUCAUUCCACAGGGUGGCAAUUAGUCAUUGUUUCUCUUCUAAGUUAUUUUGACAUUUCCACUAGAAGCAGCUUUCCUGGCUAAGUUCACUUCUGACUUAUCAGGGUCAUACACAUGGAAAGACAGCCCUUCUGUUGGGGUUAGAGAGUAUUUGGAAAAGCUCAUUUUACUAUGUCUAUUUAGGCUGUAUCAACUUGCUGAAGAUUGCUGAUGAGACCAAAAAAGCAUCAUCUAAGGACUAAAUUUUGAACACUACUUCUUGCUUCUGUCUCAUGUGGGUCUCUCUGGUAAGUGGUACUCCCAGGAACAACUGAUCACAAGUCUGUGAUGGCACCUCUAAAGAAAAAGUUGCUGUGGUAAGGUUUAGUUAUUGAUGUGGGUGGGGGAGAAAGGUUCUGGAGGUUAUUUAUUGACUUUUUAUUUCCAGUUUAUUUUGACAGAUAAAUGUCUCAGAUAGUUUGAAUUUAAAUCUAUAUGUGUCAUCAGAAUAGGCUUAUAGAUUUGUUAGUUGAAGGUAUGGCUUUUUGUUCUUUGUUAGGGAGUUUACAUACCUUUCUUCCCCCUCAUGCCCCAGUUUCUUGCUAUUGAUGCCUCUGGAUAUUAUUUUUAAAAAUGCUGUUUUGUUAUCUUUUCAAAUUGUGCUCCUAAAUAAUUUUAGUUUAUCUUCAUGUCUUAUGUGUUCAGUCUUCUGCCUUUUCCCCUCUCCAUUAUUGAAUGAAUAAAUAUAUGAAAAUGAACACAAAGUCCUGCUAUUUCUGCUAUGCAAAAAUAAGGCAAAUUUUGGGAAUCUGAUUUGUCCUGGCAUUAUACAGAAAUAUAAAUGUUCCUCACUCUCAGCCUGUGUCCGCUUCCCAGCUGUUAACUGAGGACUUGGAUACAUAUCACAAGUGUAUUUGCUAGGUGGCCUUUUUGUUCUUGCAGAAUGCUGUUGCUGUUAAGCAUCUCGGAGACCUACCUGAAUUGUAAUUACAAAUAAAUUUUGGGGAGGACAGAGGUUGGAAAGCAUUCAUAUGUGCAAAGUUAGAGAUUCGUGGAUAUCUUUUUCUCGGUCUAUGUGCAGAAGCACAUAUGUUUAAUCAGUACUACAUAGCUACUAUACCUAGGCAUGAAACAUUAUAGUGAUCAGGAAAUAAAAAUUGUCUUGCAGAGCCGGGUAACAAGAACUCAGCUUACUUACUGGAAAACCUGUGGUACCGACAACAGGCAGAGGGUAUGUGAAAUUACAAGGUAAAAAUGGGCCUGGAGAAGAAUUUUCUGUAGCUACCAGUAGCAGUUGUUCUUCCACAGACCCUGCUAUCAGGUAAAGUGGGUAGUUGCGAGCUAGCGGUUGUAGUGGCUGGGAUAAGAGAGGAAGUCAGCUAGCAGGGUUCUAGUGGCAUCUUUAUAUUUGGUGUUUUGGUAACAUAAGUCUGAAGUUGAUGAACUGUGGUCUCUAGCUGGAACUUCAUAGCAGUAGUAAUGGACUGAGUCUCUGUUUUGGAUUGAGUUGAAAUCCUUUUUGGCUUUGAAAUUCAGCUUAGAGGUUUUUUUUCUCCCCAGACGCUUGUGUAGGUGGAGCCUUUCUCUUUUUACCCCCUUGCUGUUAGUUUUUCCUGCUAGUGCAAUGAAUCAAAGAAUCAUAGAUUGGAUUGAGUUAGAAGGACCCUUAAAGAUCAUCUAGUUCAACCCCUACUGCCAUCCUUCCAACUCUGCAUGUCCUUGUGAAGGAAGCAGAUUUUCUUCAGUUUCAGCCAGCUUGCUCCAACAGCACUUGACCUGUGCAGAAUGAUUACAGGAGCAGCUGCACUGGGUUUGGACUUUGAGUUGCCCUGUUUAUUAUAAUCAUUGGCAGCUGUUGAGGCUAAGCUUCUUCUUCUCCUGGGCUAGCAGGCUCCCGUGGAAAUGACCACUGAAUUUGUGAGUUGCUAGACCUAAUCACUUUUUUCCUUAUCUUUCAUAAAACUCUGACAAGCCAAGGAACACUUUUCAUCAAAUUGACCUCACAGAAAUCUUAAUUACAUCCUCCUUUAGUUUGUGUAUUACUAUGCACCUUAAAAUUUUAGCAUAGUUUGUUUUUCUAACUGCAGGAAAAAAAAAAAAAAAAACCAAACAUGGGAGAUAUAUUUCACACUGCUUUUGAAAAUGCAGUUUCUGCUUUCUAAUGAGUUACCUAAUACACUGUGCAGUGAAAUUUCCAUCCUUCCCCUUGUAAUUGCACACAAACUCAUUAUUUUUAGCUUUACUUGACAGAUUGGUAAAAUUAAGCCACUUCCUUUGAGAAAGGAGGAGGGCUGAACUUCUGUAGAAAUUCCAAACAGCUCUGCACUGAAUCAUCAGUCCCAAGAGCACAGACAUACCAUAGAAAUGUCAGACAGUCCUUCUGGCAUAUUAAUGAGGAAGCAGCAAUGAGUUUUUAGUCAUGCUGAUUUUAAAGUUCCUGCUCAGCUUCCAAUAAAAAUUCUUAGCAUUCAAUAAUAAAACGGUUUCAGCAAAUCCAAAAUCAAAAUAAGGAUACACAGUCCAGAUUUGCGCUAUUUCAGUUAUGAAGUGGGAGGAGAACCUUGCCUCUAGUGAUGUGUUUGUGUGUUAUUACAAUCACACUCCUUUCCUCAGCUUUUACAAUCAAGAUGAAGAAAAUCCUGUAAGUCUAUGACUAUUUUAACUACUGUGAGACUUUUCCUAUUGGAAGAUUGUGAAUUUUAGCUUACUGUAUACUUAAGCCUUGGUUUAUCUUUCUUGGAAGUAAAUUUUGCCUUCAAAUUUUCUUUGAAGCAAGACUUGUGCUUUAGUGUGAAAUUUUUGUCACAGAUCAACCUUGAGAAAUAAAAGGAAAAAAAUAUAUGUUCAGGAACGAUAACUUACUGAAGAGGUAGGGUGGGAGAUUAGGUAGUUAUUAUGUCUGUGACUUUUUUUUGUCAAAGGAUUUAAUGUUUAUUGGAUGCAAUGCAAAAAAAACUUCCGUUCACAUACCACUGAAGUUGAAUGUCUAGAAAUAAAAGGAAGGGCAAAUGGGUACGUUAACAGAGUGAGUUCAAUAUAGGCACAUUGUGUUUCCUCUUAUUUAACAAGUACAAGAAGGAGCUGUUGUCAAAUUCUUGUAUGCUGUAUAAAUCAUUUCCUCGGGCUUCCUUAGUCUGGGAAUAAGUAAAAGUGAAUUGACCUGUUUUCACUGCAAGAGCUGAAGGUUUGUCUCCAAGACUCGAGUCUAUAACACCAUAAUAGCUAGCUUGUAGGAUUUGUGGUUGCAACAUGUCUAAAAUUAACAUGUUUAUUAGAUUUCAAUUCAAGUAUUUGAUUUGUUUCAUUGCAUACAUCGUAACUGAAAAUACUACGGUAAAGCAUAAAAAAAAUCCAAGACAACAACAACUACUGCUCUUUCCUCCCUUCUCUAUUCACCUGGAAAAUGCAAAAAUUCUAGAAGCAACAUUAUCUGGUCUGAGCGACAGACCUGGUCCUGUGUGCAUGUAGUACUCUGCAGAUGCAUUGCUGCAUAUUUGUACUCUACAUAAUGCAGCAUUUCAUAGAAUUGUUAUUGUGAUUAACCACAGAUGGAUUUCUCAGUCCUGGUGGUGAGUAACAAUACAACACAACAUGUAAUUUGUAAGUCCAGCUAGAAGGGGAAAUUAUUUCCUUUAAGAAUGCUGGUGUCCUUGUACUUCAGCAGUCUUCCACUGGUCUGUGGUAUUUCUUCAUCCUCCUAACUAUUUAUCUAAUAUGUCCUGAGUUACUACCAAGUCAGUUCAAAAUACUACUUUCGCUAUUCCCCUGCCUGCAUUUGCCAUUCAGAGAAAGCAGUGGUGUUUAGCUAUGUCCACAAAUCCAAAACUGUUCUGUAACAAGUAUAUGCAGUUUUUGCAGCACCUGGAAUUAACAGUUUGAGACCAAUUGUUUAUAAACUGUCAGUGUUGGAGAUGUAACAGAGCAACACAACAUAACUGCUUUGAUCUAAUCCAAAGACUGUGCUCAGUCUAUGAUAACGUCCUUGCCAUCUUUCCUGUGGUACCAUUUCUUCAGUAGGCCACACUUGUGAGAGGGUCAGUGUGUCAAGAAUGGAAACAAAAGAUGGAUGACAGUUGUGUCAAAGAUACUGAUUAAUGGAAGAAAUUGGCCUUUCCUGGCUCACAUAUAAAAUACAGAAAACUCUGAACAAAACCUGUCCCCUGGGUAAAGGACACUAAACAUCAGUUCAAGCUGGCAUUUAAUGAGAUUGGGUUCCUCAGAUAAUAGUGAGAUUGUUUGCUGAUACCGUGAUGUAGUUGUCAUGGUUACAGAAGGACCAGGUGCUAAAUACAAAGUAUCAGAAAGAUGAAAAUGGAGAAAAACAGUGUCAUAACAGAAGAGAUACCAGAGCAGAUAAGAUGAUUUGGGGAUCAGGAAAAAAAAAUGGGAAUAGUGGCAUCAACUAGGGAAUUCAACAGGAAAGUAGAGGAAAGAAA